AUGAUGAUAUGUUCAAAAGAGACAGCAUCCAAACCUUGUGAUAAAAAGUCAUCACAUCAUAAUCUUCAAAAUCUAAAGCACGAAGUUUCCAUGAUGUUGAAUUCUAGCUCUAAAAGUUCCCAGAAGAGGAAAUUUAUGCGAUACAUGAAUGGUGGUACAUUUGUUACUAGUUCUGAACUUGUCACUAAAAAGAAAUAUGAUAUUGAUAAUGCCAAAGCUCAAAAACGAAAAUCAUCUUCCCAUGCUCAAAAUGACCGGGUAGAAUUUUGUCCUCUUUCUAGACAAGACUAUUCUCACCUAAGUGACGAUGAAGAUUCCGCGAUGCGGCCAAGUUAUCUUAUGAACGAAGAGAGCUUUUAUAUUCAUGCUGGAGAUUUAAUGGUUAAUAGUUAUUCUGAUGGUAUCGCGGCAUCAAUCAAAGAGAAAUUAAAAGAAGAAGACAUGGAUUUCGCUGACUCUCGGAAGAAAUUUUUACCUUCUAGGGCUAACCAUCUUCCAAGACCAUUUAUUCCCAUUGGACCUAGGUUUCAAGCUGAAGUUCCUAAAUGGGAGGCCCCGACCAAUAUGUAUAGUAGUGAUGAUUGUUUGAAGUGGUUAGGGACCCAAAUUUGGCCAAUGCCUUCUUUUUCUAGAAAUAAUGCUAAAAGUAUUGGAAAAGAUAGGUCCGAUAUAAGCUCAGGCGAGAACUUUGAAUCAAUUGAUCGUGUUAAAAAACUCAGUGAAGCUAGAGAGUGCUUAAAAUCAAAGGUUAAUGGGACUAUCACAAGUUGGAAGUUUGAUAACAAGAAAGAUGUUUCAAAAUCAUGGACAAUGGAAGAUGAGAAGAAAUUUGAAUCUCUAGUAAACUUGAAUUUAUUAUCAAAUGACACAAAAUUUUGGAAGCUCGCCACGGAGUACUUUCCAUCCAAAUCUAUUGAGUGCAUGAUGAAUUACUAUUAUAACGUAUACAUUCCUAGAGGCACGGGUAGAGAAGAGAAGAUCUCCCUUUGA